AUAUCCCUGGGGGGUGUGGUUGGUAUCUUUAAAUGAUGAAGAACACAUUUCUUGCAGCCCAGUCACCAUGAUAGGUUCGGUGGUGUUGUUGCUAUUUUUCUUCCUUCUGUUCUUCUUCAUCAGGGUCCGCAGACCUAAAAACUUCCCCCCAGGACCCCGUCCCCUGCCCAUCCUUGGCAAUCUGCUACAGCUGGACCCUGUCAACCCCCUCAAAGACCUGGAAAGGCUGAAGAGGCGCUAUGGUAACGUGUUCAGUCUGUACAUCGGAUCACGGCCUGUCGUGGUUCUGAAUGGCCUUGAGGCGGUUCGUGAGGCACUGGUGACACGCACAGCAGAAUUUUCAGGACGACCAAACCAUCUCAUGAUCAGCGACAUCACAGAAGGCAAAGGGGUCAUCAUGGCAGAUUUUGGCUCCAGCUGGAGGGACCACCGACGCUUUGCUCUGACCACGCUGAGAAACUUUGGUCUGGGCAAACGCUCCAUGGAAGAGCGCAUCCUUGAGGAGGUCUCKCACAUCUGCUCUGAGCUGGAGCGCAAUGCUGGCAGUUCGAUGGACCCUCAGCACCUGUUCCAUCUAGCAGCAUCUAACAUCAUCUGCUCAGUGAUUUUUGGGGAAAGGUUUGAAUACGACAACCCAGUCUUCCUCACCCUCAUCAGUAGGAUACAGGAUUUAACCAAAAUUGCUAUCGGACCUUGGGCCAUGCUCUAUGAUAUCAUACCUGCCCUGAGGGCCCUACCCUUGCCCUUCAAGAAAGCCUUCCACAUCUAUGAUGAAAUCAAAGAACAUGCACAGAAGGCUGUGACCAGCCACAAAAGUUCAAGGGUCUCAGGAGAGCCCAGGGACCUCAUUGACUGCUACCUUGACCAGAUUGACAUGAUUGGUGAUGGAGGCUCCACAUUUAAUGACGUUCAGAUCGUGUUUCUACUAAUUGAUCUUUUCGUUGCUGGAACAGACACCACUUCCAACACCCUCCGCUGUGCCAUGCUACACCUGAUGACCAACCAACACAUACAGGAACGUUGUCACCGGGAAAUUGAGGACGUUCUUGAGGGACGUUCAUACACAUUGUUUGAGGACCGACACGCCAUGCCGUACGUUCAAGCGAUGAUCCACGAGUCACAGCGGAUGGCUGACACUGUUCCUCUUAGCGUGUUCCAUAAGACCUCCUGCAACACGCAACUACAAGGCUACCAGCUGCCCCAGGGCACGAUGGUGAUUCCUAACUUGUCCUCAGUGCUUCAUGAAGAGGGCCAGUGGAAGUUCCCUCAGGAGUUCAACCCUGACAACUUCCUCAAUGAGGACGGCGAGUUUGUGAAACCAGAGGCCUUUCUGCCAUUCUCAGCAGGCUCUCGUGUAUGCCUGGGAGAAGGGUUAGCGCGCACUGAGCUCUUUCUGAUACUGGUGACCUUGCUUCGACGUUUCCAAUUUGUCUGGCCUGAACAAGAAGGUGCACCCAACUUCCGCAAGGUUUUUGGCCUUGCACAGGCGCAAAAACCCUACCGCCUGGGAGUGCGCCUGAGGAGCAGCCAGUGAUGGUGAAAUACCGACAGUUUUCACUGAGAAGCAAUAUCACUAAAGCAGCACAUUAAACAAUGCUGUACCCUCCAUUGAGUGCCUUGUAGUUUUUGAUAACCAAUUUUGUGACCUGUGAUGGACAGUCGAAAUCAAAUGCUAAACAAAUGAUGUCAUAUUCUGCAGCCAGUCCAGAAAUAAAUGGGAUAGUGAUU